AUGCAUGGCAUUGUCAUGUUUCGCAGCGAAGAAAGUGUUAAUGCUGUUAUGUCACAACGUUACCAUCAAAUAGAUGGCAAAGAAGUUUUUAUUCAUCGUUCAGUUCCAAAUCAAGGAGCACUGAAAGAUAAUAAAGCAAUUCAGUAUUUGAUUGUUUCCAGUUCAAACAGUCAAUCAUUGGUUGAAUCAGAUAUCAACAACCACUUUUCUCAAUACGAUGCUGAAAUAUUAUCACAAGAAUUCGAUUGGGAUAUUUAUGAUAUUGUUAUGAAUUCAUCCAACAAUGAUCGAGCAUUAUCAACAGAAUGUUGGCUGAAAAAUACCAAUGAUGAAAGAGAAGUGGACAAUUUUGUUCAAAGGAGGAACGGACGAAGCAUCCGAGGAUCAAUCAUUCAAUGUGAGAAAGAAGAAGAUGAAAUAGAAUUCUGUAAUAAAUUUCAAUUUGGUCUGUGUGAAAAAAGUAGUGAUGAAUGUCAUUGGGAACAUAUACCUUGCACAGCAAACGGUACUUGUUCAUCGACUUGUCCUUAUGGUCAUGCAUGCGGAAUGAAGACAGUACACGAUUUUCUGAAUAUGACGAGUACUGACUAUCGAAUCAAAAUCACUGGUUUUCGAACGGAAGUUACACCACAAAAUCUCAAUCAACGAUUAGGUUCAAACAACUAUUAUGUCGAUCGACACCAUGAUCGUAUUGGUUACGUGGUCAAAAUCAAAACUAUGAAAUAUGCUAAACAGUUGAUGACCAAAUGGCAUAAUAAGAACAUCGAUGGUCAGCUAAUUAAAUGUCAGUUGGAACUCAAUCCAAUCUCGUUUGGUCAUCGUCAUCGCUCUCAAUCACGAGCAGCAUCCACUGAUGGAGAAUUGAAACGUAAACGUUGCCGCAGCCGUCCACGAGAUGCUUGCAGUGUCCAAAGCAGUCAAGAAACAUCUGAUCUCGGCGAUAAUGGCAAUAGUUUGUCAAUAACAUUUGACAAUCGAGAAGUGGAUAGAGAUCGUCGUAUUUGUCGCAAAGCUUUUGAUGAUAUUACUCGAACUCCAUCGAAGACUGACCUGCAUCAUGCAAGUUCAUCAGAAAGUAUCUCAUCAUUGAGUACAUCGAUUAAUCAAGCUCCAUUGACCGUACUGAAUUUCAGUCAGGCUGUCAUCAUAUCGACCGGAAGAGAUACAGCAAUUGUAUCAUCAAAACAAAAAUGGUAUCAAGUACCACAAACGAAUGUCAAAAGAUUGAGUUCGACGAUUGAUGGAUCCGGAGUUUGUGCGAUUCUUUUUUGGUUACUGACACAGAUGGAUCCUCGACAUGAGAAUCAUGAACUUCCUCAUCAAAAAGCUCGCGAUAAACUGAAUGACAUGAUUAAAAGUGCUGUCAACUCUACAAAUUUGCAGCAACAGUUGAAAAUGUAUCUGAUGGACACAUUUGAUUGUGCUUUCGGCUAUCCAAACCAUCAUCCAUGGACGAUCAAUGACCUCGAAUGUCGAUUAGAGUCGAUUCAUCAAUUAUUGAUACCAAACGUUCCACAACUGACUACAAUAAGUGCCAUUUUCCAAGAACUGGCAUCGAUCUCCAAUGCAUCACCAAUUCCACCUAUCACAAUCAAUGACACCCAAAGAUAUGCCUUUGAAAAAGCAUCAAAAGCAUUCUGUCAGGCAAAGGAGUACUUCUUACAAGACGGGCAAAAUCAAUUUGAAUGGUCCGAUGGAAAUUGUACAUGGGUUUAUAGUCCGCAUAGUUCGAUCAAUGAAUGUCGCAAUGAUGAUGUACUCACCUAUCAUUCAUUUCGUGGAAGAACGACCAUUACCUAUUCGGUCAUAAUCACAUGUCUAGCAAGUUCUAUUGAAGGAGUUGUGAUGGCAUUAUCUAUUAGCAGUAAUAUCAAUGGUAAAACGAUUCGAAUGCCUAUUGGUCAAUAUUCAACGGCUCAAGAUUAUGCUACAGAUGUACAAGAGAAUUUUAGAACGGAAUUGAAGAAUCUUCUUUUAGCUGUCUACAAAGAACGAAAACCUAUAGAACAUUAA